AUGCACCGGUAUUACGAAUAUGUUAUACACAAGAACAUGAAGAUGUUGGUACCCAUUUCAACAACUCCGUUGUACGAAAUCAGCGAUGACCCGAAGAGAAAAGAGUUCCUGGACGAUCUUUUCAGUUUCAUGCAAAGACGAGAGACAGAAGGAAUAGCUCUUUCCCUGGGAUCGUACCAAAACAAUCAACUCGCUAACCAAAGGGAACUGGCAAAAUUUGAGAAGUGGCGACAGAGACGGAGGAAGAGUCAAUAUUCUGUGAAAAGAGCUACCUGGCUCGGGGGAAAAAACGAGGGGUUGUGGGUGGAGAUCAAGAUUCACUGA